CAUUUUCUUGCUGUACCAACAAAAUCGUAGAACCCUGUGGACAUCGAGAAAUCCUCCAAGCUAGUCAAGUUUGUAAUUUUGAUCCUAAUAACGAAGAGACUGUUUGGAACGUUGGAUGUCGUUCGAUCAUCUUAACGCACGCAAGAGUCAUCGGAUUCUUUUUGAUAUUUUUCCUAUUAUUCCUCUCACUUUAUCAGUUUAUACUAAGCGCACUGUCGCGUCUAGUUCAGACUGCAUACAGCAAUGAAUUUUAUAUCGGCCCAGAGAAGAUGUACUAUCGCGCUUGGAUUUUCAGUAGCAUAUCGAGCCCUCAUUCAAAGUGUCACGAAAAUUUAUCGCAAGAGUCCGACGAAGAGACCCUAGAAACGCGAUCUCUCGUGAAAGAAACAUUGGAAUCGCCCAACUUUCGUUCUGAACACAAAGUUAAUCAUUCGGGCGAAUGGAAACGUCAGCAGGAGCACGAAUUUGUGUUUACUCCGCGUGGAUCGGUACAGCUGGUACAGAUCGAUCGUCUUCGAAAAGUCAAAUCUAGUCCAACUUUGUCGAAAAAUGGUACGUCCGACAUAAAUCAGAAAAAGAGUAAAAUAAAGACGUAUCGUUAUUUGCCGGUUUCAACCGAUGAACAUGAUCAAGAAAGAUUACUGGAUGAUAAUAAAAUUUUCAUUGAAAAAAAUGAGAGGUCUAUGAAAGCGAAUUUGAAAUCUCGAGAAAAACUGACGACCAAGACACCGAACGUAAUGCUCGCACCUAUACCACCGCCAUUUCCUCCUCAAUCCGAAGAGUACGAAGAGAAGCGGAAUUUUCGUGAGAAAUUUAACAAAAACGAAGAAUUUUCAAGCACGAUACUGCGCCCUACGGUUCUUCGUUUCUCUACUACCGAUAAUACGAAAAAUAAAAUAGAUAAGGAGUUGACUUCAAAACCGAGCAAAUUGGAUCGAAAAAAAUUAUUAGAAAAGUUCGAAAGAAUUUUGAAUACCGAGGAAAAAACUCGUAGAGAAUGCGGCGGAGCUGACUUUCCAAGACCUUGGGAGCAGCUGGUCAAACGAAGUAUCGAGUCUACCGAAAAGAAAGAUCACGAAGAUCAUCGAAUAAUUCAAAGUCCAAGAGUAAGCGAGAAGAGUAACGUUCUAUCAAGAUUUAAUCCAACCGACGCCUACGAUCGAUUUCGUGGCACACUACAAGACACUUUGUCAAGAAGGGAGAAUCCCAAUUCCCAGUUUAAUAACGUUAAACGAUUCACGAGACCUGGAAUAUGUGCCUGCUGUGUGAAACGUAAUAGAAACUUUGGCAGACCCUCAAGAUGCAAAAUUCAACAGACGUCAUAUGGUUAUUCUAUUGAUCCUGAAGAUUUCAGGAUUGUUCAACGAAGAAACUUACUCCCAGAUAUUCCUUGUCCACCAACUCCACCUCCACCGAUAUCAUUAGCACCGCCAGCACCUCCAACAUCUCCACCUUUGCAUUCUCACACAUCACCGUGUUAUCCAAGACCAACUUUGAUCAGACAACAGCAACGAGAACAGCGGAGACAACGGCAAUGCCAUCCAUGGAAUUUUCGAAGGAAUUUUAUUUGUAAUCAUCAACCACCACCGUGGACGUUACCUACCUUAUUCGCACGUCCCUCGAACUUUAAUGCAAGCUCGAAUAACAAUUGCAUUCAUUGUCAAGGACGAAACUUUCCUACGGCCAACAAGGGAUACUCUGCGUUCAAACAGAACGAUACGAUUAAAAAGUAUCGUUGUUUUAUGGAUUGAAUUAGAAUUAUGAAUCCGGUGGGAGAUCCUUUUUUUAUUAUCCUUUUUUUUGUUUUUCUUUUCCUUUUUUUUUUUAGACUUUUAGACCAAAGAAAGGUAUUAAUGUAUUCAGAAGAUGAAAGAUACAGCGGCAACAUACAAUAUUCUGUUUAUUUGCCGAGAAGUAAAAUACACAGGCAUUUGUUAUAUAAUAAUAAUAUAAUAAUAAUAAUAAUAAUAAUAAUCAUCAUGUCGGUACUGUCGAAGAAUUCUUCUUAUUACCAUGAUCUCUGAAAUACAUCUAGCAACGCAUUGGUACUAAAAAGAGAGAAGCUUAAUUUAAUGGUUUAUCUCGAUUAUUUAAUUGUCCACGCGUGUACGCGUAUACGUGUUGUGUGUAUGUGCAUUUACACACGUACACGGAUAGGCACGAGCACUCUCUCACUCAUCAUCCUUCGCUCUCGAGAAACCAAUCGAUCGAUCAUUCUUGUUUCUUCUCUUUCUCUCUCUCUCUCUCUCUCUCUCUCUCUCUCUUUCUCUGUGUCAUUCGUUCCCUCUUUCUCUCCCAUUCAUGGACUAAUAUAAAGUCUCUCGCCUCACCUUGCAACAUUUGCAACGGUGGUCCCAGUAAAUCGAUCUCGAAUUGAGCACGCACUCGCAAUGAGAUCCAUGAUAACGUGGAAUCUUUCUUUUUUGGUUGGUCUUAUCAAUUUUACGAUACAUGUUUUUCUUCUUUUUUCUCUCUUUUUUCUUUUUUUUUUGCGUAAGUAAAAGAGGAUAUCUCGUUUGAAACUUAAAGUGGAACGAAAAUAGAGAUCUCGAGAGAGAAAGAAAAGGAAGAAAGAAAAAAAAGAAACCGUAACACGCUUAAUUUCCAUUCACAGAGUUGGAAAUCCAAAAGAGAAAGAAAGCGAGAAUAGUUAACGAACGCGAACCUGAAAACUGGGCCAAACCCAACAUCGCAAGAUAACAGAAAAAAAAAAGAGAUAAUGAAAUAUGCUCGUCUAUUUUCAAACGGAUUUAAGUCUCUCUAUCUAUCUAUGUAUCUUUUUCUCUCUAUCUCUCUUUUUAAUUUUAAGCCGUUUUGUCAAACCUGAGACUAACCGAAUAUAUGUAUACAUACGUAUACACAUUAUAUAUACAUACGUAUGUACAUAUUUGCAAUAUUCCACGCGCAUUGGAUCUCAUCGCGAAAGAUAAGAGCUGUCAUUUUUUAUCAUCUAUAUAUAUCUUUCUCUCUCUCUCUCUCUCUCUCUCGUUCUCACAAAAUUCGUUGAAGUGUAUCGUUAAUUAGGAGGCAACCUAAUUCGGACAAAUUGCAAAACGCUGUGCGAUGGUUUGACUCGAGAGAGCAACACUAAUCCUCGUUUUUGUAUUUGGUAAUUCUUUUUUUUUUUUACUUUUUAUUUUUUAUUAUUUUUUUUAUUACUUUUUUUCUUUUUUAUUUUACAGACAUACUUCGUUCGACCUACUAUUAAUAUACGGUACCAAAAAGUCGGCACAUACAUUCAUUCUGAUCACUUCGAUACAAAGGCAGUGAUCUCUCUCGAGUAACCAUAGCUCUCUAUCACUUCUCUCUCUCUCUCUCUCUCUUUCUCUCUUCAUUGACCUCAUUUUGCCCCUAUUCAUUCUCUCUCGUGAACUUUUCGUUCUCUUUUUCCCUUUCGUUCUCUCAUUCACACACACAUGUACAUAAACAUUCUCUCUUUUUCGAUCCUCUCUCUCUCAUGUCUCUCUUUCUCUUUCUCUCCCUCAAACACACAGUCGCCUAUUCUUAAUCUCACUCUCUCUCUCUCUUUCUUUCUCUGAAUCUAACUCCUCUAUCAUUCUCUAUCUACUCCUUUGCUAAGGUCUAUCUGCGUUUUAUCUAUACAUUUGUGAAUAGGUAUUUAAAAGUACGCGUUUUAAAUAACGCAUUUAUAAUCACGUUAGUUCUCGCUAUAUAAUAUAUAAUAUAUUUAUUCGCCUUAUCCCCGGGCUAUGAGAUGAAUGUCCCGAAAAUAGCGAACGCAAGGUAUUUUUUUUUAUUGUUUUUAUUGUAUGUCUGUAUAUGUAUACGUAUAUGCAUAUGUGUAUGUAUGUGUAUAUGUAUGUGUUGAUUUUUUUGUGUCUUCUUCGUUUACUUUUUUUUUCUUUUUUUUUCUUUUUUUACUUUUUUCCAUUUUUGUUUUUUUUUCUUCUGUUUUCUUAAUCUCUCGUUUAUAGGAGACGACAAAGACUUUAUAACGACGAAGUUAAUGGUACAAUACAAUCGUAUAAUAGAUAAUCAAUAAUCAUAAUAAUAAUAUUGCUCGAUCCCAUUUUUUUAUUUUUUAUCGCCUUUAUCUCUCUUUUUUUAUAUUAAUUCAUUUUUCACAUCCUCGCUACAUUCUUCGUUUUACCUACACGGUAUCAAUGACAUUAACCGAUGCUUUUAAAUACAUAAUAACGAUUCUCUAAAAUUUAGAAGAGAGCUAAAAGGGUCUCGGGAGAAAAAGGGACUCUUCACCGCAUUAUUUGUUUUUUUUUCUUUUCUUUUUUCUUUCUUUUUGUCUUUUUCUUUUUUUUGUAAAUCGCGCCUUCUCCACCUACGUGCGUACGUGCGUGUAUCUUAUGUAUUACAUAAUAUAAACACGCAAGUAUAAUACACACAUUACUCACGCACACGUAUAAAUAUAUUUUUAUAGUCAUACGCAUAUAUGUAUAGAUAUUUAUAUGUGUGUGUAUGUAUACAUACAUGUACAUACACACACAUAUACAUAUAUAAUAUAUAUAUAUACACACGUAACAACACUUCAUCAUCGUCAUCGUCAUCGUCAUCGUCAUCGUCAUCUCUAUACCUCCUUCACCUAUCGCUUUUAUCUUUUUCUUUUUUUUUUCUUUUUUUUUUUUUAUU